GUAGAAUUCUUCCAGGAGUCAUAAGUCCAAGUCCAGUUACUGCUGCAGUUGUUCAUCAGUGUUUGGAAUGUUUGUGGCCACAUAUACAACAAGUCUCUUCUAGGUACCCAGCCCACAUUGAAGAAAUCGAUUAUGAAGAGGGGAAAGUGCUUAUCCAUUUCAAACGCUGGAACCACAGAUACGACGAGUGGUUCUGCUGGGACAGCCCUUACCUGCGUCCCUUAGAGAAAAUCCAGUUAAGGAAAGAAGGACUGCAUGAGGAGGAAGGCUGUGCAGGGUUCCAUAUCAAUGACCAGGUCUUGGCCUGCUGGUCCGACUGUCGCUUCUACCCGGCCAAAGUUACUUCUGUUAACAAAGAUGGUACUUACACUGUGAAAUUUUAUGAUGGUGUAGUUCAGACGGUCAAGAACAUUCAUGUCAAAGCUUUUUCCAAAGAUCAGAAUAUUGUGGGUGAUGCUAAGCCUAAGGAAAGAGGUGAUGAAAUUCCGUCAUCUCCUGAAAACCGGGAGAAAUUUAAAGAGCAGAGGAAAGCAGCAGGUAACGCAAAGAAAGACGAAGAUGAAAAGACACUGAAGACUGAGAAACGAGUCAAGCAGCCUGAUAAAGAGGGAAAAUUUCUGGUCAUCUCAGAAAAAGGCAAGGUCUCAGAAAAGAAUAUAUCUAAGAAUGGGAAAGAAGAUAAAGAGAAUAUAUCAGAGAAUGAUAUGGAAUAUUCAGUAGAUACACAAAUUGAGAAGAAGCCUGAGAAUGACAAUGUGAAGAGUCCACAGGAGAACACAAAAGAAACCAAACGGAAGCGUGGCAGACCACCAAUAACCCCUCCAACAGAGCCAAGUUCCCAGACCCUGCAGCCCAUAACUUUGGAGUUAAGACGUCGGAAAAUCCCAAAAGGAGGGGAUGUUCCAGCAAAGCGUGCCAGGAUCGAAAAAAACUUGUCUCAGGAAAAAUUUAAGAACUCUUCAGGUAAUGCUGAGAGAGACCAGAGCAGGAGACGAUCUUCGAGACUCUCGUCCAGUAUUGGCCAUGAGAUUUUAAAUACGGAUCUUGUCCCAACUUCUGCAGAAAUCCAGCCUUGGAAAGAUGCAGUAUGUAACCAAAAUGAGUCUGAGAAGGCCCAGUCAGAAACUCCUGUUGAACCUGACCAAAGUUUCAGUGAACAGGGAUCACCUGGACACACGUCACCAGGAGCAGCACUCGCUACAGAUGCCAGUUUACAGGAAGGAAAAGCAGAAGACACUGAGUCUUCCUCUGUUACUGCCAGAACUCAAGAACCUUCUGCUGCUACAGGCAUCUCCUUGUAUGGAUUCUGGAUGCAUUGGAAAUGCUUUAUCCUUACCUAAACUGGUUUGAGCAGA